AUGCAAAUUAGUAGUUUAUUUCAUUAUAUAACAGUUAUACUGGUGAUUACUAUUAAUAGUACUUGUUCAAUUUAUAUUGGUUACAUUUCUAAUGCAACAUUUUUAGCAUCAAAUAUUAGUCAAACAUAUUCUAAUAUAACUUGUCAACAAUGUACAUGUAAUGGUCUAAUGUCUUCUGCUGUUGGUUGGAUUUAUAUAGCAAGAAAUCAAACCUGUCAAUUAAUUAAUGGUUAUUCUUCCAAUGAUAUUGGACUGGUCCCAUUAAUUAAUGCAAUUUUUUACUUCCAACCUCUACUUGCACCAACAACAACAACAACAACAUUCAAUGCAAUAGCAGCAAUGAUCGAAGGUGGACAACGUCGAAUCGGUAAUGUAAAACCUGGAGAUCGUGUUUGGACAUUAAGCUAUGAUGGUCAAUAUCUGAUCGAAGAUGAAAUAACGAUAAUAGUACAUGCUGAACUAAAUACUCCAACAUAUUUCUAUACAUUUAUAACAAAUGAAGGACAUGAAGUUAGUUUAACAGAUUUACAUUAUAUAGUUAUUUUCGAUAGCAGUAUAAAUAAAAUGGAUACUAUAUGUGCAUCACAAGUAACACUUCAUCAUCGAUUAGUUAUGCUUGGUCGUACAAUAGCUAUUGAAAAAAUAAUAUAUUCGAAACGCAUUGGUUUCUCUUCACCAGUGACUCUUAGUGGAUAUUUGCUUGUUAAUAAUCUCUCAACAUCGUCUUUUCAUGGAACACAUGAUUUUCAUCAUAGAAUGGGCGAUCUUCCUCGAUUCUAUUAUCGUAUAACAAAAUGGUUAUUUGGAAAUAAUUAUAAACCAUUUGGAUCGACUAUCUCUGAAGAAAUGCAUCCAUUAUGUACUUUUGUCAUUACUAUCUAUGAACCAAUUCGAUUAUUCACUCACAUGCUUUCUUUUAUGAUAUUACCAUUGAUCAUUAUUUUAGCGAUUUAUUUAAUUGCGCUGAUUUUCUACAAAAUAGAACUUUAUUAUUUGAAAAUAAUCAGUUAG